GACGUAAAAAGUCAGUGUUCAGACACCAGGUUAAUAGUACGUUGUAGUACAGGUGUAUAGAUAGCUAGAUCAAGCUAAGUUGGAGUGCCUUUAAAACAAUAGCAUAGGCUAACCUGUGCACCUCUGGAUAUAUGUCAAAUCCGACCCAAAGUUCUGAACCGAAACUAGUCCGUGAAAAAGAGAUAAAAUCAGGCAGUGUCCGUUAACAGAUACACAACAGAAGAACGUCAGAAAAGAUCCUCCUCCCUCUUCCCCCACAUCCCUUGGCGCAGACGGUGGCGCAGACGGAGAUUCUAUUGCGUAUUGCGCCCACCCACACACUCCCAAGUCCUCGGCCGACCCGCCCAGGAUGGUCUAGCCGCUUAUCGCACCUUCCUCCAUCCUUUAUCCACAAGGCACUCCUCAAACAGUGAAUCCUCACAUCCCGGCCCUCUCUCUUCCAGCUCCCUCUGUUCACGACAUCCUCCUCAGGAUUUCCUGUGGGAAUCGCGGACCCCUCACGCGACACAGCCAGGCCCGCACUCUUCGUGAACCCUGAAAACCCUGAGCUGACAGAACUCGGAGCUCUGAACCCUCCGCCUUGAGCGUGUGAGGUCGAAGCGGAGGCACCGGAGGAGUCUUUUGUGUUGGCAGCAAGUCUUCAAGAAAGAACCAAGAAUCCGAGAGGAGCUAUGAAGGGUAUCCUGGUAUGCCAGUGUAUCCUCGUGGCUCUCACUCUUGUCGCCACCGUGACACAAGGUCGAGCGCAUCCCUGGAGGAAGCCUGUGCAAGACAUUCGUUAUCAGAACCGUUAUGGUAACAUCGAAAAUGGCCAGGGAACACGACAACACGGGAAAGUGUCAAGUAUUCAUAAGCAUCACAGGACCCAGGGGCAGCCUGCAGAUGUCGAAGAGCUUCUCAAAGAGACGCUGAUGGAGCUGCUGGAGGACGCGGCGGAGAGGCGCCUCCCCCCCCGCCUCGAGACGAACGAACUUGAAGACAUGGGAAUUGAUGCUGAACAAGCAGCUCUAUACAGCGCUCGACACGCUGAUAUAGAAGAUAGGCCCCGCGAACACAACAGGCAGAGGCACCCGUCAACCAGCUACCAGAUUCACCAUGAGGAAGUCUGUAAAACCGUUAAGACCUGGAAGCUCAUCAACGAAACGGUGGAUGUUGAUGGAAACAAGGUGGUUAUAGUGAAUCCCAUAGAACCCAAACAAUACGUGUACAGCUACGAGUGCGUCUCACCGUGCACAGCCUGUAAAGGUGUGAUGGGGCAGUCCAUGUGCAAGAUGCGCUACAGUUACGUAAAGAUGUAUCACCGGAAAUGUUCGAACAACUCGAUGAGAGACGACGGCGCCGAGUGGGGCUUCGUGCAGGUCCCCUCCCACUGCGCCUGCGAACUGAUCCCCGACAACACCAACGACAACGAGUGUUUGAACUAAGACUGGCUGUGUCAGCAUCCUGCAUUCGUUCGCGAACCAGCAGGACCGCAUGCUGCCUCCUUCAUCCCUACAUGGCCUAGCGAGAAGGCUAGGCUGCCUUACAUAGUCCUACAGGAUCUCGGGGCAUCCCACUCUUGCCCUACACAUCCCUGCAGGAGCCCCCAGGUCACCCUGUACAGCCCUACACGACCUUCAAGUUGACCGAGGGCAGCCUCCUGGUGCCCCGCGUCGCUUGUGCGUCGACACCCGAGGGGCCGUCGCAUCAAAGUCCUUAUUCAUUAAAACAUUAGCAACACGCUGGUGACCUAUUAGUUCAUCCUAAAUGUUUAAAAUAAGUACCUGAUUCACAUGCGUUUGGGAGGCAAUGUGUCAACUAAG